AGUCCUCAGCAUAAUUGUAUGAGUCAUACAGCUAGGUCUACGCCCAUCUUUGGUGAGCGACACUAAGUCCCAAGUCGAAGCACCAACAUUUGCAAAAGCGGGUACCCUGGUCACGUGCCGAUAUUGACAAUUCAUCUGACAUCGAACGCCACUCGAAUCUUUUGUUAGACGAAAUCUUGUUCUAUUUGCUUCGCUAUCAGCAUUUUAUAUAGUUCUCUAACAGGCGCUAGUAUCGUCCUAUCCACCAACCCUGAAGCCAAACUCACAUGGUCCCACGAAGUGACCAAAAGCCAUGCGCUCUGAAUGUGCAUAAUACAUGCAACUCUGGCCCUGGAAGCAAUACCGCGUCUCCACUAGUCCUGAAGGAUGGCAUCUUCACUGACGCCUGGGAGACCAUCCACUGCUUGUCAACAAUGUAAACACCACAAGGCUCGGUGUUCAGGUGAUCUUCCUAAGUGUAAACGAUGUGCUCGAACAGACACAGAGUGUAUCUAUGCUCCAGGUGCACACAAUCAGCGUCGAAAGCUGUCUGAUCGAGCCUGGCUUGCUCAUAACGUCUCCCCAUUCCGCAAUGGCUCACGAGACUCUCCAGUCAGGCGCCUACCAACACCGCAGAUGAAUCCCUUGACUAUUCUUCAAAGCCCCGAUUAUCUAGGCAUUCCUGAGUCAAUUGCCUCCGAGCUCAUUGACACAUUCUUCUCCCAUCACUACAACGCCCGACUGCUUCUCCACAAGGCUAAGUUUGAAGAGGAUAGGUCGAGGCGGACGCUUCGGCCUCAUGUUCUCUUGACUAUUUGUGCUAUGGGAGCCGUAUUCUAUCACAAUGGAAAGUCAGAAAAUCCCUUCAAAGAAUUUGCUCGCGUUUGGGCAGAGCGCGCUGGAAAAUUAGCUCUUAACGAAGUUGAGAUACCUCAUGAGGACAAUAUCGUCACAUUUUCCACUCUGAGUCUUUUCUGGUAUACUCAGGGGUCGUGGAGAAGAUCAUACAUCCACAAAGGAAAUGCAAUGCAAACCGCCCAUGUCUUAAAUCUUGUCAAUAGAGUAGGAACAACAAGGGACUCACUCGACGUCGAAUUGUCACGCCGACGCUUCUGGGCUUGUUAUCUAAUCAACUGCCACAGUACUGACAGCAUGUUUGCUAUCAGCCCCUCAAAAAGUCUAGCUGCUCUUCCCUUGCCGUGGGCCGAGGAAGAGUUUGAACGUGGCUCCAGCAACAUGCGCCCAUGUGCUUUUGGUUCUGGCAAGACGAAUGGAGGAAUUUAUAGUGAGAUGAUUAGAGCCAUGACGCAUUGGUCUUCGGUAAACACCUUGAUCAAAUCAUUUGACGGAGAUUCUCAAGCCCGAAUUACAGCAAUUCAUCGUCUUGACGCUGAGAUUAGGCAGUGGUGGGAUCGCGUCCCCCAAAACUUGCGCCUCCAUCCUUCCAACCUAUCAUCAUUUCUUCGCGUGGAUCUCACAAAACUCAUUCUCAUACACGUGGUAUACUACCAAUGUCUUUGUGCCUUGCACUCUUCAAUUGUACCCCUGUUCUCCUGGGGUCCUGAUGAGCCAAACCACGCUGUAGCCCAACAGCUAUCGGCGCAACUAGCGUAUGAGAAUGCCUGUGCAAUUUCUCAGUUUCUCCAGAUGGUACUGGACUUCUCGCAGGAAGUGGCAGACUUCCCAAGUUUCGUUGGCUAUGCAGCUUACUGCAGCUAUGCUAUCCAAGUACCGUUCCGAUGGUGUCUGAACCCUGGGGUGAGAGAAAAUACUCUCAGGAACACUCAAGCCAAUCUCGAGGUCAUUCAAGGCAUGGCCAAGUACUGGGAGUUCAUUGUCUUACUGGGUCACUACGCAAAGUAUCUCACCGAAACUCAUGCCCAAAAUCCCCUUGGGCUAGACGACGAGCCUAAAAACUUAAGCGCCGGUAAACUCAACGGGUUUCGUAUUACAGCUGCUCGCGCAAGAUCCUCCAUCUUGAGCAUGAAUGGCAUUCUUUGGAAGGACGAUGGCUAUUCAGUUCAAGGGGAUGAAGUCAUGGAUCUCGGGCUUGAUGGCAGACAAAACAUAGGUAGCCCUUCGACCUCGCCAGCUGUGGACUGGGGUUCUCGAGAAACACCUGCGACCGCGGGAAAAGAUACAGGUCCUGCCAACCAGGAUACAGGCUCUACUGUUGUCUAUGAAGAUCCCCCAGCAAUGACCACCACUGUCCCAGACUUUUACGAUCAGCAGCCUGUCUUUUUCCAGCCAAUUCUGGAUGCAUCCAAUAUCUUCGAGCCUAUGCCCCAGAAUCUGGGAAUGAUUGACUGGAGUGAGAUGGAUGCGUUGCCCUCCUGGGAGGUGCUGUCCUCACGAGGACAGUCGUAUGAAUUACCACUUUAAUAGAUUGUAGCUUAGAGCAGGGCGCUGGGAACCUCGGACCGAGAUGGGAGACAUAUGAUAAUGCAAUUGCAUGAGCCAUGAAGAAUCUCAACGUGCCUGUGAU